CAACACAUGGCGCGCAUGCGCCAACUAGAGACACGCCUCUUCGUUCUGCAAGCCAUGUGGUUUAUCGAUGAUAAAUAAAGACCUCCGCUGAUCCCAGCCCUCCAGCUUUACUUUUUGAUUUAGGAUACCCACUGACUUUCGCCCAGUCGGAGCAGCCAACAUGUCGGCGGGCGUCACGAGCCUCCAGGCGCAGGUGGAGCUCGUGCUCGGCGCGCUGGUCAAAGCCGCCACGGUGGAGUUAACCAAACUGUUCGAGAGCGGGUACCGAGCGUCGCUGGAUGCGGGCCGCGCCGAGGACAAAGGGCGACCUGCCACCCCGGGUCGGUUAAGCACCGGGGACACAACACGUAGCAUCGGUGUGCAAGUGGACGAGCACAUGAAUCCGCUCUUUGAGCUUUGUGGCCCCCCUUUCCUUUCAGGUGAGGAUUUAUUCGGGAAGUGCAGUGUGGAGCUGGUGGAGGGGAGUGUCUUCGGAUCAGAAAUCCUCCUGGCUGAGCAUAAUGGCCAAGUUAACCCUGGGGGGUUGUGGCCUUUGGAGGAACAGGUCUUUGCAGAGACGGUACAUAUGGUGAAGUCAAGUGGGUUUAAAACCGAGUCUCCCGGGGAUCCUCAAACAGAAGUCAUUUUGCAUGAGACAUUGACAUUAGGAAGCGGGGCAGCGCAAAGCUCUCCGGAUGUACAGAAGCCCCUCGUGAUCAGACCAGAUACUUGCAACAUCCUUACUGGGGAGACGGUUGAGUUUGUUUGCCCGUUGAUCCUCAAGCCAGAGGCUCCGGCCCCGAAACCUGACGUUUCAGAGCAGCCGGUUAAAGCCGAGCCUCAGCAGGUCUGCGUCAGCACCGCCAAGGGCACCGCCUACAGUCCGUCCCCCACUGAUGGAGCGGUGACCCCGGCCCCGGUGGAGGUUUGGGAACGGAUACACGCGCCCAACGAGACGGAGCACAGCCUCCACGUGAAACUGAAACUGACUUCUCCCAACCACAAGCUGACGCGUCCCUGCGCAAUACAACUGGUGGACGUGCUUGCGCUGCCCGAGUCGGAGACGAGGCUUCAGGGCGCCUGCGCUAACCACAGAACGGGCUGGCCUCUGCCCAAAGACCUGCGCCGGCACCACGGCCUCCACAACGGCCACCGCAUCUGCUGCUUCACCCCUUGCGAGAACGGCGUCUGGCGGCUUCAGAAGGCGGUCUCCCACGCCUGCGGCGGAUACCCGUGCAGCAUCUGCGGGAAGACGUUCAAGCGGCGGAAGAUUCUCCGGCGGCACGAGCGCUUCCACACCGGCGAGAGGCCGUACCCGUGCGCCAAGUGCUCCAAGUCGUUUGCGCUGAGGAAGAGCCUCCGGCGCCACCUGAGGUUCCACACGGGGCAGAGGCCGCACACCUGCACGCACUGCAGUAAAAGCUUCCGCCUGCGAGAGAAUCUAAAGGCGCACUUGAGGUGUCACACGGGGGAGAAGCCUUUCAACUGUGCAAUCUGUGGCAAGAAGUUCAGGAUCGAGAAGAAUUUGGAGAAGCACAACCUGAGCCAGUGUGGGUUCUUCGUUCCUUCGUUCAGGACGAUCGCCGGCUUGUAGCGGUGGAAUCACAGCCGCCAGUGGAUGGUUGUGUCUGUCGCACGACUCGUACUGGACAUACUGAAAACACUGCAUCACUGUCACGUGAAGUUUGGAUUAUGGUCUUCUCUUUGAAUCCUACUUCUUGCCCUGUUUUUGCCUUUGUGAUUGUGGACCAAAUUUGUUCGGAACCGAGUGAAAGGGACCUUUUUUUAGCAUUAGGUCUUCUGUCUGCGGAAGAUUCCUUCCACAACAUAUGUUUACUACUGAUGUGCUCUAGCACGGGAUGGGACCUGCUACACUAGUUUAUUGGUUAUACGUGUACAUUUGUGGAAUUUUUUAAAAAUUGUUAUGCCUAUGGUAUUUCUUUGUUAUCCUUUAUUUACAUGUCUGUUAUCAAAUUGUUUGGUUUUGUGUUCAUGCUAUGAUUUCUGAAUCUGGACGUCUUUCCUUCUAUACCCUUAAUGUCAAAGAGAAAAGUGUCCGUAACGUUAAAACCCUUGAGAUUAACAAAGUACAUGUAGCCAAACAAAAAUUAUUUCACGUUCCUUUUUUAAUACAAUUUUUUUUCAUCUACGUUUUACUAUUCCUUGUCUCCUAUAAUGUUCUACAUGUUAUUUUAAAUAAGUUUCUUGUAUUAAAGAAAGACAUU